GAGUGAUUGAGUUAUUGGGGGGGUCGAGAGAUUGAGUUAGUUCGAGGGGAAGAGAGAGAGUGAGUUCGUGGGGUUGAAGAGAGUGAGUGGUGAGGGAGAGAGAGUUAGUUUGGGGGAGGAAGAGAGAGACAGUGAGUUAGUGGUGGACGGUGAAGAGAGUGAGAGUUAUUUGGAGGAGGAGAGAGUUAUUGGGAGGGAGAGUGAAGAGUGAUACCAGGAGGAGAGUGAGAGUUUACGGGGGAGGGAUGUUACUGGGGAAGAAAGAUUGAGAGUGUGUUCCAGGGUUAUGUUGGGGAGAGACAUGGUCUUUCAGGGUAUUUAGAAAAUUAGGAAAAAUGGGACAAGGGAAAACAAAAUAAAGGAGGUAUAGGGGAAAAGUGACAUUUGAAAGUGGGGGAAACAAGAGCAACUGUGUCAGACUGACAGUAGAUAGAUUGUAGAAAGUGAAAAUUAUACUGACAAAAACAAAAAUGUCAGAACUUCUGGAUGAAGUGCCUAAACCAAGCCAGUCGGAGUCUGAUGGCAAAAUACAUCAGAGUGAAUUUGCAAGCAGCAUGAGCAGUCAGGAGGCAUUGGAGCAGGUUGAAUCUGAGCAUAAUCUGACAACCGCAAAUGAAAUAAUGGUCCAAAAUGCAAAGGCCUAUUUACUCCAGAAAAGCCCCACCAUGAACCUCAAUCUCUAUGAUCACCUGUCACAGGUGAUGACCAAGCUGUUGGAUGAGAGACCUAUCAAUGCUGUGGACAUCUUUGAAGACAUCAGCAAGAAGGUGAAGCAGACACAGUUCUCCAAAAAAAUGGAUACUCUUCGUGACGAGUAUGAGAAUUCAAUGGCAUACAGUCUGGCUGAGGUUCAGAAAUCUCUUUUCGCGAAGGCAGUGGAGACAGAAGAGGGGGUGGCAGCAGACCAUGAGGAGGAAGUGGUGGAUACACCCCUGCCCAAUGUCAUGGAAUUAGCCUACUACUUUGAGCAAGCAGGAAUUGGCCUCAGCAGCGAUGAGCUAUUCCGCAUCUUUCUGGCACUGAAGCAAUUGGUGGAAGCCCACCCACUGCAGAAGUGCCGGUUCUGGGGAAAGAUCUUGGGAAUCAAUGGGAAUUAUAUCAUAGCUGAGGUGGAUUUCCGUGAGGGCGAGGAGGAUGCAGAGGAGUUGGGAGAAGAGGAGGACGCUGAGGGAAAGGAAGAUGAGAAAGACGACUUUGGUCGAACGGAGGAGGAAGAAACUGAAGAGCUGGAAGAUAAGCCUCCGGAAUCAACAUAUAAACCACCACCAGUUAUCCCAAAAGAGGAAAAUCGCUCUGGAACCAACAGGUACACCUAUUUUGUUUGCAGUGAGCCAGCCAAGCCAUGGGUAAAGUUGCCCCCUGUUACACCUGCACAGAUCACGGUAGCCAGGAAGAUCAAGAAAUUCUUCACCGGCAACUUGGAUGCACCUGUCAUCAGUUAUCCACCAUUUCCUGGUUACGAGUUGAAUUACCUGAGGGCACAGAUUGCUCGGAUAUCGGCUGGCACUCAGAUCAGCCCGCUGGGCUUCUAUCAGUUUGGAGAGGAAGAGGAGGAGGAAGAGGAAGGCUCAGUGAGGGAAAAUUACGAGGAGAAUCCAGACUUUGAAGGAAUUGCUACAGCAGAGUUGUUGGACAGCAUGGCCAACUGGGUCCAUCACACUCAACACAUCCUCCCACAGGGCCGCUGUGUUUGGUUUAAUCCUGUUCAGAAAAAGGAGGAGGAUUUUGAGGAGGAAGAGGAGGAAGAGGAGAAGGAGGUUCCUGAUGAGCCAGAACCAGAGGUGGGGCCACCCCUCCUCACUCCACUCUCUGAGGAUGCAGAGCUCAACAAUAUACCUCCCUGGACUGUCAAGCCUUCAUCCAAUCUGAUCUCCCAGUACGCCACUGCUUUGGUCCGGUCCAACCUCUGGCCAGGGGCCUACACCUUUGCAAUUGGAAAGAAAUUUGAGAACAUUUAUUUUGGCUGGGGCCACAAGUACAGCCCGGAAAACUACAGCCCUCCCCCGGCCCCACCGGUACAGGCAGAGUAUAUCAGCGGUCCCGAUACCACCGAGGUAGAUGACCCGACGGUGGAAGAGGAGCAGGCUCUGCGGGCUGCAUUGGAGGAGAGACUGGCCGCGGCAGAGGAGGCCGAGGAAGAGGAGGAGGAGGAAGAGGAGGAGGAUGAGGAUGACAACUAAUUAAAGACGGAUUUCCCUAGACAAAUAGUUUUGACAUUUUCUUUUCUCUGUAUUUUAUAUGAAUUUUCUGAGGUGUUAUACUUGCUGCUCCCCUCACAUGUCGAAGAACACUAAGUUUGAAAGUGUAUUUCUUACAGCUGCAU